UCCAUGUCUUCGGCACCCAAGGAACAGAGCAGUACUGAUUGUGCAGUCAUUCUUGUUUUCUUUCUUUGAGUCACUACUCAACUGUUGAUGGAUUUAGUUGCUUGCUGUGUCGUAGUUGGUAGGAAGUGAAUAGUCUGCAUUUGGAUUUUAUUCAGAUGCAUUUUCAAGUUGAAUAAGGUCUGACAGGGCUUUCUUACUCUCGUGAAGAAAAUUGUAUUUGCAUCUACCAUGUCGUAAUAUCUGAUGAUCUGUCAGGGGAGCACAUUCUUCAACAUGCACAGUGCAUCAGGGCUGGCUCUGCAGAUCCAGUGUUAUCAGUGUGAAGAGGUCACUCAAAAUGACUGCUCCACACCUGAGUUCAUCGUCAACUGCACUGUCAACGUUCAGGACAUGUGCCAGAAGGAGGUAUUAGUGACAGAAGACGGGAAGCACUACCGCAAGUCCUGUGCAUCGUCUGGGGCCUGCCUCAUCGCCUCCUCUGGCUACCAGCAGUUCUGCACAGGGAAGCUCUACUCGGUGUGCAUCAGCUGCUGCAACACUCCCCUCUGUAAUGGUCCCCGUCAGAAGAAACAGAGUUCCAGUAACAGAGUUCCGUCUGCCGCCUCGUCCUUAAGCCCACUCCACAGCCUCUCCCUCCUUUUUCUUCCCUUCCUCCUGCGCCCACCCUCCAUAUUCAGCUGAGAGCCUAUGAUUGGCUGGUUUGGUCUCAUCAAGACUGUGGUUCAAAUUUUUGAGGCUUGCCUGAAUGUACGGUGUCCAUAUCGUCAGUGGAUGUAUGACGCUGUCCUAACAGACACUGUAUUUAGUUGAUGUCCUAAUAAGGACAGCAACUAACGGUCGAAGGUCAUUGAUUUGAAGAAAGGUUCUGAAGGAACCUCCCUAAUAUGUUUAUAGUGUCAGUGAUAUGCACCACAGGAAAGGACUUUGGCGAGUGAAAGUGAGGUGGCCAUGGAGGAAUAUCAUUUCCAAUGGGUCACAUUUUUUUCUGUGGACUCUAAUGGUGCUGAUCUUUACAUUGUCAUCACUGAUUGACAGACAUUGACUGGCCAACUGAGGGCACUACAAGGUAAUAUGUACAGUUGAAGUCGGAAGUUUACAUACACCUUAGCCAAAUACAUUUAAACUCAGUUUUUCACAAUUCCUGACAUUUAAUCCUAGUAAAAAUUCCCUGUCUUAGGGCAGUUAGGAUCACCAAGUUAUUUUAAGAAUGUGAAAUGUCAGAAUAAUAGUAGAGAGAAGGAUUUAUUUCAGCUUUUAUUUCUUCCAUCACAUUCCCAGUGGGCCAGAAGUUUACAUACACUCAAUUAGUAUUUGCUGACAUUCCCUUUAAAUUGUUUAACUUGGGUCAAACGUUUUGGGUAGCCUUCCACAAGCUUCCAACAAUAAGUUGGGUGAAUUUUGUCCCAUUCCUCCUGACAGAGCUGGUGUAACUGAGUCAGGUUUGUAGGCCUCCUUGCUCGCACGCGCUUUUUCUGUUCUGCCCACAAAUAUUCUAUUGGUUUGAGGUCAGGGCUUUGUGAUAGCCACUCCAAUACCUUGACUUUGUUGUCCUUAAGCCAUUUUGCCACAACUUUGGGAGUAUUCUUGGGGUCAUUGUCCAUUUGGAAGACCCAUUUGAGACCAAGCUUUAACUUCCUGACUGAUGUCUUGAGAUGUUGCUUCUAUAGAUCCACGUAAUUUUCCUGCCUCAUGAUGCCAUCUAUUUUGUGAAGUGCACCAGUCCCUCCUGCAGCAAAGCACCCCCACAACAUGAUGCUGCCACCCCUGUGCUUCACGGUUGGGAUGGUGUUCUUCGGCUUGCAAGCCUCCCCCUUUUUUCCUCCUAACAUAACGAUGGUCAUUAUGGCCAAACAGUUCUAUUUUUGUUUCAUCAGACCAGAGGACAUUUCACCAAAAAGAACGAUCUUUGUCCCCAAGUGCAGUUGCAAACCGUAAUCUGGCUUUUCUAUGGCGGUUUUUGAGCAGUGGCUUCUUCCUUGCUGAGCGGCCUAUCAGGUUAUGUCGAUAUAGGACUCGUUUUACUGUGGAUAUAGAUACUGUACCUGUUUCCUCCAGCAUCUUCACAAGGUCUUUUGCUGUUGUUCUGGGAUUUAUUUGCACUUUUCGCACCAAAGUACGUUCAUCUCUAGGAGACAGAACGCGUCUCUUUCCUGAGUGGUAUGACGGCUGCGUGGUCCCAUGGUGUUUAUACUUGCGUACUAUUGUUUGUACAGAUGAACGUGGUACCUUCAGGCAUUUGGAAAUUGCUCCCAAGGAUGAACCAGACUUGUGGAGGUCUACAAUUUUCUUUUAAAAGGGGGGGGGCUGAUUUCUUUUGAUUUUCCCAUGAUGUCAAGCAAAGAGGCACUGAGUUUGAAGGUAGGCCUUGAAAUACAUCCACAGGUACACCUCCUAUUGACUCAAAUGAUGUCAUGGCUUUAGAAGCUUCUGAUAGGCUAAGUGACAUCAUUUGAGUCUGGAAUGUUCCAAGCUGUCUGGAAUGUUCCAAGCUGUUUAAAGGCACAGUCAAUUGAGUGUAUGUAAACUUCUGACCCACUGGAAUUGUGAUACAGUGAAUUAUAAGUGAAAUAAUCUGUCUAAACAAUUGUUGGAAAAAUUACUUGUGUCAUGCAGAAAGACGACUUGCCAAAACUAUAGUUUGUUAACAAGAAAUUUGAGUGGUUGAAAAACAAGUUUUAAUGACUCCAACCUAAGUGUAUGUGAACUUCCGACUUCAACUGUAUAUUUUGUAGAUGAGCUGGAAGAGGUAUAUUUGUACAGUAAGAGCUCUAUUCAAUCGGUAUCGCUAAAUACGCUAAAUCUUGCGCGCUACUGUACAAAUGUUAAUUUCUGAUUGAGUCUCUGCGACAGUGGGAACGUUAUCUCUAAUUGUGAAUCGUGCUAUAAAGCUGAACUGGACUACAGACACAAAAUGAACAAAAACACAAAUAGACCAACAAAGAGUAACUGACCAUUUUUUGGAUUACGGCAUCCAUUUUAGGAAGUCGUCAACUCUGUCAGUGGUCAGUUAUGGAUGCCAUGCAAAUCAAUGGAAAAUAAUACUUUGGACACAAUGUACAAUGCAGUCACCAGGUCAUGAGGAACAGUGUUGAGAACAUUUUGUGAAUGUGAUAAUAUGAGUUACAGUAUGGAGAAGUGUUUAUCUCUUGUCAAGGAAACAAAUCACUGUAAUCAACACUUCCAAUACGAAUCUUUUUCCAAUGUUCCAACUUUUAAAAUGUACAGUAUGAAAUGAAAUUGGUAAAAAUGAUCCUAACUGUGCUUUGACUGCAUGUAAUAUGUUCGACUCCUCACGUCUUUAGUCUGUAGAGGCACCACACUUACAAAUCAGCUUGUGACAGAUUGUUGCAGUGUUUGUUGGAGGAUGUGCUGUAUUCCUCUCCGAUUGAUUGAAUACUGUAAUAGAGAAGACAGCUUAGUGGCUCUCCUUGGGUUCAACUUUCAUGGUCACCUAGAAGUCAUUCUUGACUGUGUUUGACUCACCACAUCAAUUCUACUUCAUAGCCGAAGCCAAGAAGCAUAUUUAGUCACGUUUAUCAAAUCAAAUUGUAUUUGUCACAUGCGCCAAAUACAGCAUGAAAUGCUUACUUACCCUUAACCAACAAUGCAAUUUUUAGAAAAUAAGAGUUAAGAAAAUAUUUACUGAAUAAACUAAAGUUUAAAAAAAGUUACAAUAAAAGAACAGUAACGAGGCUAUGUACAGGGGGUACAGGUUAUUUGAGGUAAUAUGGGGGAUCAAUUUAAAUAGUCCGUGUAGCCUUUUGAUUCAUUGUUCAGCAGUCUUAUGGAUUGGAGGUAUUUUGGAGCUAUCAAUAAAGUGCAGAAAUUGUCCAAACUAAUGCGUAAAAGCACAUAGCUUUUUGUAAGCAUGAGUGCGGCCACUGUCUAAUAUACUCUAAUGUAGGCUUCAAUAAAAAGGAAACUUUAGAUUACUUUUAGAUUUGCACUUUAUUCCUUUUAUAAAUCCAUUUGCAUUGCAUGCGUACUCCUUUGCACUUUUUGUCGAUUUAACGCUAUUUUCCAUGAAUUUUAAUAAUGUGACCACAUGCCUACAGUAGGUUAUCAUAUUGAGGUUCCCUUAGUGAAUAAUCAAUGAUUUGGAGGAAAGUAAACCACGUCGUUCUCCCAGCAUGUCACUUUUUUUCUUGUUGGUACUGUUUAGGUACAGUAUAUACUAAAGUUUAUUUUCAUGACAAAAUUACAAUAAUAUAAAGACAACGUACACUACUGGUCAAAAGUUUGGGUCACUUAGAAAUGUCCUUGUUUUUGAAAG